GUAAAAGGAAGUUAUCGUCUUCAUUGCACAGCCAAAAAAGAGGAAGAAAUGUCUGCAACAAUCAAACACUUAUUUCUUUCUCCUUCAAAUCCAAUUCAUCUCGCCACAAUCUCCACAAAAUUUCUCAAAUCUCACCUUUCCUCCACCAACGUCUCCCACAAACGCUUAGGUUUCUCAACACCGCGUCUCAAAAUCGUGAAAUGUAGCUCGGAUUCGAACGAUGAAGCUCGAAACGAUUUCAAUUUGAAGAAUGCUCUGUCCAGCAUGGUCGGUGAGCAAGUUGAGGAGCUUUUGAACAGGGAAGAGAACAGGAGUUUGCUCGAUGGCUUGGAGAAGGCGUCAAUGAGAGUUGAAAUCGCGAGAAAACAGCUUGCUGAGAUCGAGAAACAGGAACUUGAGCUUAAACGAUUCAAGGAUUAUGUUAGCCAGCUCGAAAAUAGAGCAUCGGAGAUUGAAGAAUGUCAAAAGGAGAUAUUGGAGGCAAGAGGGAUGAUCGAGGAGGCCGAGCGCUCUCUCGCACAAAGUGAGGGUGGAAAUGCUGUAAGAGAUGGGGAAGAUGGGGCACUUGACAGAGAUGAAGAGAGAUUGGAGUCUGUAAAAGCAGCGUCCAUUUCAGCCAUUGUUGGCACACUUGCAGGGCUGCCAAUCUUUCUCAAUCAAGUGACCAGCACUUCUCCGCUUCUACUCCCUACAGCAAUCACAUUUAUUAGUUGUGCCUUGUUUGGAGUUACAUUCAGAUACACUGUAAGGAGAGACUUGGAUAAUAUUCAGCUCAAGACGGGAACAGCUGCCGCUUUUGGCUUUGUUAAAGGUCUUGCAACACUAGAUGGUGGAGUCCCUCUGGAGUUGAAUGCCGAGAGUUUGUCUUCACAUGUUUUUGAUGCUGCUGUGUAUGUAUCUGAAAACCUUUAUGUAUUUAUUUCUGCUGCUGUUGCACUAGAUUACUGUUUCAAGAUGAGGUUAUUGAGCCCUUUUCCUAUAAGAAAAUCAAUAUCAAGGGUUAAUUAAAAAUAAAGUUCAUUUCAAGAAUAUUAAACUCA